AUGGAUCCCUUUGCUAAACUUCCAGCGGAAAUCAUUUUGUUAAUUCUCGAAUCCUGCUGUGACUUUACCGGCUUAGACGGUCUGCAACAGAUAUCUCCCUGGGUGGAGCAGGUAUUCGAUACCUCUUAUAAGACUGUCACCGAACAUGUCCUGAAGAACUGUUCCUUCACCUUGGAGGGGCUCCACCAUGAAUUCACGCUCCUAGCCACUAUCGCUCCUAGCCACUAUCGCUUCUACAACAUUCACCCCCACAGCCAUGCUUGA